AAUGCACAAAAAAUUCCGUCAAGACGCUGUCAACUGUCGGAUUCCUAGACAACCAGCAGCGAAAACAUUGCCUAGACUCACAUGGAACAGUGAACUAGCUCAGAGUGCCUACCGGUUAUCGAGUACAUGUCGUUUCGGAUUUCAAAAACCCACAAAUUCCCGAUUCAGGAGAGUUGGACAAAAUAUUGCAGCAUAUCGAAAUGUUGAAGAUGCUAUGAACGGGUGGUUUGGUGAGCACAAGGACUACAAUUUCGGAUCACAUACUUGUAGCCAACGAUGCGGAAACUACUUACAAAUUGUUUCUAAUAUGACUAGGGAGAUCGGAUGUGCGGUAACUGAGUGCCCGUAUUCUAAGGAGUUUCCGUGGGGUCUUUUCAUAGUUUGCAAUUAUGGUGAAGAAGCUAAUUUCCAAGAAAGACCAUAUGAGGCGAAAUAUCCUUUCAAACUUUGUUCUGGAGGAAGUGUUACAGUUACCCCACCAACCGAUAGGGGAUGGCAUCUUACUAAAGGUGUUAUGCAAUUUAAUACCAAAAACUGUUACUGUUAUAAAUGA